AUAUAUUGGGACGCCCUGAAAAUUUCGCUUCUACUCACAGUUUGACGGUGGCCGCCGCGUUCUUUGGUUCAAAACCGACUCUCUCUUUAUGGACUUUCAGUGGAUUCUCACUCUGUUCUCUGCUCGUCAUAAUCGAUUCUCAAUAUCGGCCGCCAAAUCCGCUGCGCUGUUUGUAUCCUCGAGGAAACUUAUUAUUUUGUUUGGUUGAUAAUAUAAACACUUGCUCUGCUGCAUUCUCUCCUUCCAAAUGCACGGACGCCAUCACCGCCCGCCUUUCCGUCCCGCCACCGGCGAUGGGAGCGUCUUCCGUGACGGUUCUUUCCAGUCUCAGCUCCAGCAUCGAGGUUCCAAUAUUCCCCCGCAAUUAUCAGGUGUUUACCAACAUUCUCAGAACCUAAUGAAUGUCUUAGCAGGCCUCAACUUCCUAAACUAUCCACAUCAAAGCCCUAACUUCCCUAUCCAGCAAAACCCUAAUUUUCCAAUCCAAAACCAUGGGUUUACUUCCCAAAACCGCGACGAGCUUUUGAAGACGAUAGACAGUGCCGUGGCCAAGGCGCACCGUGAUACUAUUGCUGCGGGAGUCAGUGUGUCUGCAUGGAGGGUAUCGCAAUCUGCUCUUUCGAUUUUGCAGGUUGAUUCUUGGAGUUCUCUGGGGUUUCAGAUGCAGGACGUUCCGUCCCUUCGUCGGAUUAUUAACACCGAAGGCAAGAUAAAUGCAUUUAUUCAUUGCUUUAUUGCGGUUCGGAGAAUCACAUCCUUAUACGAUUUGGAAGUGGCUAUAUGCAAGAAUGAGGGCGUUGAUCAGUUUGAAGAUUUGGAAUUGGGUCCUUUGCUGCAACACCCACUUGUCUUGCAUAAUUUUCCUGUGGGCUAUGGUGCUACUGAUGUCUUUAAGAUAACCAGUGAGGAGAUAAUUUUACUCCUUGUUGAGUUCAUGGAUGCUGUUAAGAAUAAAGAAAUUAAGAUUGAUGAAUUUCUCAACUUUGUCGCUAAGAAGAAAUCAGUCAUGAACAAGGAAACACUAGGCAUUCGUAUUCAAAGCUUGGGCUAUACCAGAAGUGCUUUCGCUAUGAACUGGAAACACAAAAAGGUCUUGCUGUUUCUAAACUUCUUUAGUCCAAGGUAUUAUUCUAUUAUCCUCUUAAAAUAA